AAAAUGAUGACGAUGAAGUCUGGCCCAAAUGACAUGACUAGACAGAGGAUGUUGCAAGCUAAGGCUCUGUCUAAAGAAGCCAAAGGAGAGGGUCUGAACCUGGGGAAGAAGAUCAGUGUUCCAAAGGAUGUGAUGAUGGAGGAGCUGAAUCUUCCCGCUAAUCGAGGCUCUCGCAUGUUUCAGGAGAGACAGAGGAGAGUCGAGAGGUUCACCCUGGAGAACGCCGCCAAUGGUGCUUACAACACUAAUAAUGUCCAUCUUGAGGCCAUUCCUCCCGCGCAAAUCAUCCCAGAGCCACAGGGAGGAAAAGAAAACCAGGCUUUCUCCAUCCCUGGUAAGCAUAGCCUGGCCAUGAACCUACAGAAGACUGUAGCAAAGAAGGGCAGUCCUGACAUCCUCGCUCCAGGAUAUUCUGGCCCUCUGAAGGAAAUUCCUCAUGAGAAGUUCAACACAACAGUAAUCCCCAAAUCCUACUGCUCCCCAUGGAGGGAAGCUUUGGGAAACAAUGAAGAGCUCCUGAACGCCCUCAAUGCCCAGCUGCCCCAGCUCCCACAAAGGCUACGGCCUGCCAACUACAGGUGCUUCAACAGAUCUCCCAUGCCAUUUGGGGGUGCUAUGGCCAGCAAGAGGGUGAUACCAGUGAUUGACUUUGAGGCAGUGGAAACCCAGAACCUGCCCAGCAUCGCUCUGGAACGCAUGUGCCAACGACCCAGCUUCAACAGAGCACCCAGGGGAUGGGGAGUUAACUGCCCUGAAUCAAAUGAACUAUGA